AUGGGCCACAUCCGGUUGAUGCUUCUGGGAGUGUUGCUAGCGGUGUCUCUAGCGGCGGCCUCGCCCGGCAAACAUAAGAAACGAGAUGCUCCUCUGAGUUCGUCCUACGGACCUCCAUCUGGUGGCGGUGGCAGGCCUUCAUCAUCUUAUGGAGCACCACGUCCAUCUUCUAAAUAUGGACCCCCGUCCCGGCCUUCUAGCAGCUAUGGAGUACCAUCGAACUCUUAUGGACCACCUCCUUCUCGUCCAUCAUCUAGCUAUGGUCCACCCAAGCCAUCAAAUAGCUAUGGAGCCCCUAGGCCUCCUUCGACAAGCUAUGGCGUCCCUACUGGACCAUCCACCGUAUAUGGCGCACCUGGAAAAGGCUCCGGCUCUUUCGGAGGAUCUGGAAGUUCUGGAAGCUUUAAGCCAUCCAGUUCGUACGGCGCCCCUUCAUCCUCGUACGGUGCACCCUCUUCAGGGUCACAUGGAGGUAGCUCAUUCGGAUCAAGCGGUGGAAUCUCGUCCUCGUACGGCGCUCCAUCAUCAGGCUCCCAUGGCAGUAGUUCGUUCGGCUCUGGUGGUGGAUUAUCGUCUUCAUAUGGCGCCCCAUCAUCAGGCUCACAUGGCGGCAGUUCAUUCGGCUCCAGUGGUGGAUUAUCAUCUUCGUAUGGUGCCCCCUCUUCUUCGUAUGGUGCCCCAUCUUCUUCGUAUGGCGCCCCAUCUUCAUCGUAUGGUGCUCCAUCAUCAGGCUCACAUGGUGGUAGUUCAUUCGGCUCCGGUGGUGGAUUAUCAUCUUCGUAUGGUGCCCCAUCAUCAGGCUCACAUGGCAGCAGUUCAUUCGGCUCUGGUGGUGGAUUAUCAUCUUCAUAUGGCGCCCCAUCAUCUUCGUAUGGUGCCCCAUCAUCAGGCUCACAUGGAGGCAGUUCAUUUGGCUUCGGUGGUGGAUUAUCAUCUUCUUAUGGUGCCCCAUCAUCUUCGUAUGGUGCCCCAUCAUCAGGCUCACAUGGCGGCAGUUCAUUUGGCUCCGGUGGUGGAUUGUCAUCUUCAUAUGGUGCUCCGUCAUCAGGCUCACAUGGUGGUAGUUCAUUUGGCUCUGGUGGUGGAUUGUCAUCUUCAUACGGUGCUCCAUCAUCAGGCUCCCAUGGAUCCGGAUCCUUUGGUUCUGGUGGUAGCAUUUCAUCGUCCUAUGGUGCCCCAUCACCCUCUGACUCAUAUGGUGCUCCAGCGCCUUCAUCAUCAUAUGGCGCUCCAUCAUCAGGUGGAAGUUUUGGAUCUAGUCAUGGUAGCAGCGGUUUCGGUAGCAGCAGUUUUGGUAGCAGUGGUUUUGGUGGUAGCGGUCCGUCUUCAAGUUAUGGGGCGCCUGCAUCUGGUCCAUCUUCAAGCUAUGGUGCGCCAUCGUCUGGCCCCUCGAGUAGUUACGGUGCCCCAUCUAGUUCUUAUGGGGCUCCUAGUGGUGGAUCUUCAGGUGGUUAUAGUUCAAGCUCUGGUGGACAUUCUUCUAGCGGCGGAUACUCGUCUGGUGGCGGUUCUGGAUAUUCAUCUGGCGGUGGUUAUAGCUCUGGCAAACAUUCGUCAGGUGGUUACUCAGGAGGUGGAUCAGGGGGUUACUCCUCUGGAGGGUCCGGAGGUGGUUACCCAAGCAGCGUGCCCUCAACCAUCACCCAAAGUUAUGAUUCAAACGGCGGAUAUGUUUAC